CCUGAGAAUUGAACUCAUGUGAAGACUAAACAAUCAGAAGUCAUUUGAUUUGUUUAAACGGUUGAUACGUUCUUAGUAUUUUAAUUUUCACUGGCUUUUUAUUAUUGUGCUCAAUAUGGUAAAGUUAACUCCAGAACUAAUAGAAUUGUCUGCUCAAUAUGUAAAUCCAGUUAGAGAUCGUGAAUUAAAUCUUAGAGGUUACAAGAUACCAGUUAUUGAAAAUCUUGGAGCAACAUUAGACCAGUUUGACACCAUUGAUUUAUCAGACAACGACAUCCGCAAAAUUGAUGGUUUUCCUCUCCUUCAGCGGUUGAAAACUUUACUCAUCAGCAAUAAUCGAAUAUGUCGUAUAGCAGAAAACCUUCAUGAAGCAUUACCACGUCUAGAAAGUUUGGUCCUAACCAACAACCAUAUUCAAGAACUGGGUGAUAUUGAUCCACUUAGUACAAUCAAAACUCUCACAUCUAUCAGUCUGCUGAGAAAUCCCGUGGCUACCAAGAAGUACUACAGACUCUACUUAAUACACAAACUCCCACAAGUCAGACUAAUAGACUUUAGAAAAGUGAAACAGAAAGUAAGUCAGGCCUAA